UCAAGAUCCUGAAAAGGAGGGCGAAGAAUCAGUGGCCAAAGCUAACCGUUCCAUACUCACACUUAUCCUCCUAUCUCCAGGCCACCAUGUCUGCAGUAAACGGCACCCCUUGGGGGUCAGCAGCGGGGGAGGAGGUCUGGGCAGGAUCAGGAGUGGAGGUGGAGGGCUCAGAGCUGCCCACCUUCUCGGCAGCAGCCAAGGUCCGAGUGGGAGUGACCAUUGUGCUGUUUGUUUCUUCGGCUGGAGGGAACCUGGCCGUCCUGUGGUCAGUGACACGGCCGCAACCCAGCCAGCUCCGUCCCUCUCCGGUCAGGAGACUCUUCGCCCAUUUAGCAGCCGCCGACUUACUAGUCACUUUUGUGGUUAUGCCCCUAGAUGCCACCUGGAAUAUCACUGUUCAGUGGCUGGCCGGGGACAUCGCAUGUCGGACACUCAUGUUCCUGAAACUAAUGGCCAUGUAUGCUGCAGCUUUCCUGCCUGUGGUCAUUGGACUGGAUCACCAGGCAGCAGUACUCAAUCCGCUUGGAUCCCGCUCAGGUGUCAGGAAACUUCUGGGGGCAGCUUGGGGACUUAGUUUCCUGCUUGCCUUGCCCCAGCUGUUCCUGUUCCAUACCGUCCACCGAGCUGGUCCAGUUCCCUUCACGUGUGCCACCAAAGGCAGCUUCAAGGCUCGACGGCAAGAGACCACCUAUAACCUCUUCACUUUCUGCUGCCUCUUUCUGCUGCCACUGACUGCCAUGGCCAUCUGCUAUAGCCGAAUUGUGCUCAGUGUGUCCAGCCCCAAGACAAGGAAGGGGAGCCAUGCCCCUGCUGGUGAAUUUGCCCUCCGCCGCUCCUUUGACAAUCGUCCCCGUGUUCGUCUCCGGGCGCUGAGACUGGCCCUGCUUGUCUUGCUGACCUUCAUCCUCUGCUGAACGCCUUAUUACCUACUAGGUCUGUGGUACUGGUUCUCCCCGAGCAUGCUAACUGAAGUCCCUCCCAGCCUCAGCCACAUCCUUUUCCUCUUUGGCCUCCUCAAUGCUCCUUUGGAUCCUCUCCUCUAUGGGGCCUUCACCCUUGGCUGCCGCAGAGGGCACCAAGAACUUAGUAUGGACUCUUCUAGGGAAGAAGGGUCUAGGAGAAUGCUCCAACAGGAGAUUCAAGCCCUUGGACAAAUGGAAGUACAAAAAACUGUGACAUCAAGAAAGGCAGGAGAAACAAAAGACGUUUCUAUAACAUCUAUCUGAUCCUAACACAGUACAUAGAAACAGAAUAAUAAUUCUUCAAUACCAUAAGAUCAUAA